GACUCAUUCGCUGGUGCCGGCAGAAGCAGAACGGGGAGGUGGUGGCGGCGGGGGGGGAGACUUCAAAGUAGCCGCGAUUCGGCUCGCUCUGACGAGGGAGGCGGCGGGGCUGGGGGCGGCGGAGCGGAGCGGAGCGGAUCGGCCGCCGGGUGGCUCCCGUGGCGCCUUCGGGAGGCGCCGCUGCCCGUCCCCGGCGCUCGCAAGAGGCUGAGACGAGCUGGGGCUCCGAGGUGCCGCCCUGGGGAACUGCCGCAGCAAUAUUGCAACUGCCCUUUGAACAGCAAGAAAAAUAAAUAAAUAAAUAAAUAAAGAAAAAGCUAAAAAGGCAGGAUAACAAAAAAAAAAAAAAAAAAAAAAAGCCAUGAAGAUGCCUAAACGCUUGCUGCCAAAAGUGAAGAGCGAAUCUCAGUUGCACUGGCUCUGCUAAAACUUGACGAUGCGGGCGGCGCGGAGCUGCCGGCCUCGCGGUUCCUGCGGCGGGCACGAGUUGCGGGCGGCCGCCCGGGCAGCGGGGACCCCGUUUUCCACCGGGCUGCGUGAGGAGGAACCCGCUGGGAUGAGCGGCACGAGCAGGAGAGCGGAGCGGAGGCGGCGACCCCUACAGGGAUUCAGUGAAGAGAUGAAGUAAACUGAUGCAGCGAUGCUCGUUCGUGGAACACCCUCCCCUUCACCACCAGUGACAACUUCGCGUCUGAGAUCAGCAGUUCUGAGAUGCUCAAGUGAACGCUGUGUCAGAGGAGGGAGAAGAAUUAAGACAGAAUAUCAUGCUUCUGAACCUGUUCCAGAAACGCAGUUAGACUGUGCGUGAGCAGCAGCUGCCUAGGAGAGAGCUCCAGAAAUAAACCAGCAUGUUUCUGGGAUGUCGUGAGAUAUACGGAGUAUGUGGACUGGGGUUUCCAGCAGACCCUGGCUUACUUCUAUCAUUAUAAGUUAAAGCACUUCUUCCUAUUAAACUGGGACUAAAUUUUAAAUAGACGUUUGCAACAAAGGAAAAUAGACUUCAAUUUUUUACCCGUUUUAGGAGAGCAAGGUUAAAAAGAAGGAUGGCAAUGUCUUUUUUUAAUGAUUUCUGCCAUUCUAAUUCUGUUAGCCAUCCAGGAAUAAUUUUAAUGGGUCUGUCUUCUGAACUUGUGCUUCGUUUUCUGCCUUGCCUGCAGGAGACCAGUUGUAACACUAUCUAUCACUGGCAAGUCAACUUUCUGAGGGAAUGUAAGAGGCUUGAAUUGAAACUAAGAUGAAGAACAAGUUAUAAAAAGCUGCUAAAGUUUGCAUUGUAUCCAGAAUCUUUCUAUUUAAAACCUUUGUUGGAGAUACACAGUACAUAUUUUUUUUUUCCUCUAUUUUUCUCAUACAAUGUGAUCAGUUUUACAGGGGAUAAAGCUGGCAAAGAUGAGGAAAAUUGGCUGUGCUCUCCUGGUACUCCAAGCUCUUCUGGCGCCCCUGGAUCUUGUUCAUGGAGCAGAGAAGAGUUAUCCCAUCCUGAACAUUGCAGUGAUUCUGGGAAGGACCAAGUAUAUCACAGAGAGAGAUAUCAGAGGUCUCUGGACCAGGGAAAUGUCAGCAGACCUGACUGUUGAUGUCAAUGUAGUGACCCUUCUGGUGAACCAGACUGACCCUAAAAGCAUCAUAACACAUGUUUGCGACUUGAUGUCCGGCACCAAGAUCCAUGGAGUAGUUUUUGGAGAUGAUACUGAUCAGGAGGCGGUAGCUCAGAUUUUGGAUUUUAUUUCGUCACAGACUUCUAUUCCAAUUCUUGGAAUUCACGGUGGGGCCUCCAUGAUAAUGGCAGAUAAGGAUGUGAUGUCAACGUUCUUCCAGUUUGGGGCUUCUAUCCAGCAGGAAGCCAUUGUCAUGCUGAAGAUCAUGCAGGAUUAUGACUGGCAUGUGUUUUCUCUGGUGACCACCACCUUCCCUGGAUAUCGAGACUUCAUCAAUGUCAUUAAGACCACAGUGGAAAAUAGUUUUGUGGGCUGGGACAUGCAGAAUAUCAUCGUACUUGAUACUGCCUUUGGAGAUGCCAAGACACAAAUUCAGCUGAAGAAAAUUCAUUCAUCUGUCAUCCUGCUGUAUUGCUCCAAAGAUGAAGCUGUCUACAUACUGGAUGAGGCUCGCUCCCUGGGCCUUACUGGCUAUGAUUUCUUUUGGAUAGUUCCCAGCCUGGUUAGUGGUAACACAGAAAUCACCCCCAAGGAGUUUCCUUCAGGACUCAUUUCAGCAUCUUAUGAUGAGUGGGACUACAGCUUAGAAGCUCGGGUGCGGGAUGGCCUUGGGAUUAUUGCCACUGCUGCAUCAGCCAUGCUGGAAAAAUAUUCCUUCAUUCCUGAAGCAAAAACUAGCUGUUAUGGUCAACUGGAGAAAAAUGACCAGCCAUCUCACACCUUGCACAAGUUUAUGAUGAAUGUGACUUGGGAAGGUAAAGAUUUGUCCUUCACAGCCGAUGGUUAUCAGGCACAUCCCAGGCUGGUGGUGAUUGUACUGAACAAAGAUCGCGAAUGGGAGAAGGUGGGGAAAUGGGAGAACAACUCACUCAGCCUGAAGUACUCUGUCUGGCCAAGGUACAGCUCUUUUGCAGACAGUGAACCAGAUGAUAACCAUUUGAGUAUUGUCACCUUGGAGGAGGCUCCCUUUGUCAUUGUUGAGGAUGUGGAUCCUUUGAUGGAAAGUUGCCAAAAAAACACUGUGCCAUGUCGUAAAUUUGUCAAAAUUAACAACUCAACUAAUGAGGGAACUAAUGUAAAGAAGUGCUGCAAAGGAUUCUGCAUUGAUAUCUUGAAGAAAUUGUCUAAAACUGUCAAGUUCACGUAUGACCUGUAUUUGGUGACUAAUGGGAAACAUGGCAAAAAAGUCAAUAAUGUGUGGAAUGGAAUGAUUGGUGAAGUGGUAUAUCAUCGUGCAGUUAUGGCUGUGGGGUCUCUCACUAUUAAUGAAGAACGCUCUGAAGUGGUUGACUUUUCAGUGCCAUUUGUUGAGACUGGGAUUAGUGUCAUGGUGUCACGGAGCAAUGGCACAGUUUCACCAUCUGCUUUUCUAGAGCCUUUUAGUGCUUCCGUCUGGGUGAUGAUGUUUGUGAUGCUUCUCAUUGUGUCCGCCAUGGCUGUCUUUAUAUUUGAGUACUUUAGUCCCGUAGGAUAUAACAGGAACUUAGCACAAGGGAAAGAUCCCCAUGGACCAUCCUUCACCAUUGGCAAGGCAGUGUGGUUACUCUGGGGCUUGGUAUUCAACAACUCUGUGCCAGUGCAAAACCCCAAAGGGACGACCAGUAAAAUCAUGGUGUCAGUUUGGGCCUUCUUUGCUGUCAUUUUCCUGGCUAGUUAUACUGCCAACUUAGCUGCAUUUAUGAUUCAAGAGGAAUUUGUUGACCAAGUGACUGGACUGAGUGAUAAAAAGUUUCAAAGGCCACAUGAUUAUUCACCUCCUUUUCGAUUUGGAACAGUCCCAAAUGGAAGCACAGAGAGGAAUAUCAGAAACAACUACCCUGAUAUGCACCUUUACAUGACAAAGUAUAAUCAGAAAGGAGUUGAAGAUGCCUUGGUCAGCUUGAAAACUGGGAAGCUGGAUGCUUUCAUCUAUGAUGCAGCAGUGCUAAAUUACAAGGCUGGAAGAGAUGAAGGCUGCAAACUUGUCACAAUAGGCAGUGGAUACAUCUUUGCCACUACGGGCUACGGAAUAGCACUUCAGAAAGGAUCACCUUGGAAGAGACAAAUUGAUCUAGCCCUCCUUCAAUUUGUUGGUGAUGGGGAAAUGGAAGAGUUAGAAACCCUUUGGCUGACUGGCAUUUGCCACAAUGAGAAGAACGAAGUCAUGAGCAGCCAGCUGGAUAUUGACAACAUGGCAGGAGUGUUUUACAUGCUUGCAGCAGCCAUGGCACUCAGUUUAAUAACCUUUAUCUGGGAACACUUAUUUUACUGGAAACUUAGAUUCUGCUUCACUGGAAUCUGCUCAGAUAGACCGGGAUUGUUGUUCUCAAUCAGCAGGGGUAUUUACAGCUGCAUUCAUGGAGUACAUAUUGAAGAAAAAAAGAAGUCUCCUGACUUCACUUUGACCAAUUCCCAAUCCAACAUGUUAAAACUACUACGAACAGCAAAAAAUAUGACCAAUAUCAAUCCUUCAAGAAUUAACUCCCCCAAAAGAACAGCUGAUUUUAUUCAGAGGGGUUCCUUGAUUAUGGACAUGGUUGUGGAUAAGGGAAACUUGGUAUUUUCUGAUAACAGAUCCUUUCAGACAAAGGAUAACUUUUUUGGUGAAAAUGUGAGUGAACUGCAGACACUUCCAGGCAAUCGGCACAAGGACAAUCUUAACAACUAUGUUUUCCAAGGUCAGCAUCCUCUCACGCUGAAUGAGUCCAAUCCAAAUACAGUAGAGGUAGCAGUAACAGCAGAAGCAAAAGUGAACUCCAGACCCAGGCAGCUUUGGAGGAAAUCUGUUGAAUCUUUACGUCAAGAAUCUGUACGUCAGAGCCAAGGUUCCCAGAGGGAAAACGGGUCAGAUGAAAACAGGCAACUUUCAGUGAAAAGCCAAAGAUACCUUCCCGAAGAGAUUGUCCAUUCAGAUGUAUCGGAGACAUCAAGCCGAGCUACUUGCCAUAUGGAACCAGAAAAUAACAACAAGCACCACAAAACCAAGGACAAUUUUAAAAAAAGAACAGUAGCAUCAAAAUACCCAAAAGAUUGUAGUGAAGUGGAACUAACAUAUCUGAAAACCAAGCAGAGCUCUCCACGGGAUAAAAUCUACACAAUUGAUGCUGACAACGAGCCAGGAUUCCACCUGGACACACCUCAGUACAUCGAAAACAUUGUCCUUCCAGAAACUAUAGAACUUCCUGAUGUUUAUCAAGAUCACAAUGACAACUACAGGAAAGCAGAGCAUGCUAACAGGACUCCCCUACAUAAUGAAGAGAGUCUUCCAAAUAAUGACCAGUAUAAACUUUAUGCAAAGCAUUACAGUUUAAAAGAUAAAAAUGCUUCCUUAGUUGACAUGAAUGAUAGAUACAGACAGAAUUCCACCCACUGUAGGAGCUGUCUUUCUAAUUUGCCCACUUAUACGGGACAUUAUUCAGGCAGAUCUCCCUAUAAAUGUGACGCAUGCUUGCGGAUGGGGAACCUCUAUGAUAUUGAGGAAGAUCAGAUGCUGCAGGAUACAACGAACUUAUCACUUCCUGAAGAAAUAUAUGAACAUAGUUGGUCACAUAAUAAUGCUCUGCAAUAUCAUAAAAAAAACAAGUUGAGGAUUAGCAGGCAACAUUCUUUUGAUAAUAUUGCUGAUAAGUCCAGGGAAAUUGAUAUUGGAAGACCUUCUCGUAGUAUAAGCUUGAAAGAAAAAGAGAAGUUUCUACAAAGUAGUCCAUAUGCAAGCAUGUUUAGUGUUCCCUCAAGCAAACUGUUGAGCAACAAAGCCUCACUUUUAACUCAUGCUCUAGAGGACAGUAAGCGGAGCAAGUCCCUGUAUCCUGUUCACUCAGAAGAUAAUCCCUUUCUGCACUCGUAUCGUGACGACCAGCACUUAUCUCUUAGGCGAAAUCCACCUGAUCUUUAUAAAUAUUCUUUACCAUCCAAAGGAAGAAAUGAUAAUUAUUUAAGGUCAUCCAUAAAGUCUACAGCAUCAUACUGUUCGAGGGAUGGUCGGAUCCAUAAUGACAUGUACAUUUCAGAGCAUGUUUUGCCUUAUGUUGCAAAUAGGAAUAGCGUGCACUCAACUCCAAGGGUUUUAAAUUCCUGUAGCAAUAGACGUGUGUAUAAGAAAAUGCCUAGCAUUGAAUCAGAUGUUUAAAUUUUCCAUGAACACUUUAUCUAUAGGGAAAAAUAGUUGCCACCAUCUUAGAGGGAGAAUAUUUCCUUUAACAGUAUCCUGCUAUAGUAAAUGAUAUGUAAACCUCUCCCUUUCUCAGUGUACUUUUGUACAUGAAUAGGUAAACUAGUAUGCUCUCAAGCAUCCUUUUGAAAUAUGUCUUGUUGAAAAGGAGAAAAAAAAUAGCCAUUUAUGUAUACUUUAUAUAAAUGGCAAGCUGUACUGGAAUAGCCCCAAUAUAUGUUGGCAACUAUGCUGUUUUGUAUCUAAUUAUUUUACUAUUUCGGUUAUUCUAAUUUCUGUUGCUAAGUAUCAUUCAAUGUACUUUUGUCCUUAGAAAUGUUUAAUGAUUUUUUUAGUACUGGAUAAGCAAUAUGGUAUGCAUGUACUAUGACACAGACAAAAAGAAUUAGGAAUGCAUUUGCACAGUUAAAAGAAAAAAAAAAAGACUCUGAAAGAGAACAGACAGCUAGUCUUUCAAAAAUAUAUUUUAGCUUCAUGACCAUUUUCAAAGAAAAAAAAAAUCAGAAAAAAAACACCUCCAAGCCCCAGAACCUUAAUCAAUAAAACACAAUGUGUUAGCACAAAAUUAAUAUGUUCAUUCUAGACUGAUAGAAAAUAAAUGGGAAGACCAUAGCCCCAAACAUGUAAACUGCUGUGUACCAAAAGGAAGCCCUGUAGAUUUUGGUUAAUGGUCAUGUACAAAUGCUUUUCUUAUAUUUCACAUGCACUUGCCAUUACAAGCUAGGUUCAUUGAAAAGUCUGCAGUCAUCUUGUCAAAAAAUUCACAACUGCCUAAUCCAGAGUAUAUAUUUUUAGCAAUCAGUAUACGUCACUUAUUGUGGAGCUGUGGACAUCAUUAGUAACCUUGAGGCCUAAUAUGUAUGUAAGUUUGCAUUUGCCCCUUACUGGUGAUUACUCAGGGCUGUAUAGUAUUUCUUUUAUUUCUUCACUUCCCAAACCGAAUCCCAACCCACAGUAGUUCUUUGUUCUUAGCGUGUUAGUGAUAUCUAAUUAACUGUAUGUUAAUAUUACUAAAGGUGUUAAUACAGUAUCAAACACCAACAGCCAUAUGUUCAGUGUUAUCGGCAAGGAACGCAGUACUGUUUAUUUGCAUACACCAUGAAGGAUUAACACCUUAUAAGGGACUUGUCCCUUCUGGAAUAUCAUACAUAUUUGUUGAACAUCAGACCAGUUUCUUAACCUCCCUAAUCAAACAUGUUGUAUAAAUUGAAUAUGUGCACACAGCUAAGGGAUAGUAUCAUCACUCACCGGUAUGCAAAGAUAUUCACAUAACAAGGAUGACUUUUAUUUUUAGUAAAGGUUAAUCAGGAUGUUUCAGAAACAAAAUGUGUUCUACACACCCUUCCCCACACCCAUAACCAUAAGGGAGUGUGGAAGGGAUGAGAGGAAGUCUUUCGUGAGUAGAGUGUAUAGUUGUAAAUUUUAUUUAAACUAAAGAAGUAAAUUGCUAAUAUAUUUAAAUACUGAAAGCAUCAACAGGUGGUGCUCUGCCAUUCUCCUGCUAUUCUAAGAAUUGAUCUAUUUUCUUUGUGUGUAGAGGAAGUUUAGAUUAUUCAAGUGUUAUUCCUUACAUUUCACUGAAGAUCAGUGAACAGGGAAACCAUUACCACUGUGAAUUGGAAAAUGUAAAUAUUACCCUAGCUUUUCCCUAAACUAAAAUUCUUCUCAAUAGAAUCGUACUUACAUCAGCUGUAAUUGUAUAUCUGCAUGCCAGAGGUACAGUAUGCAAGUUGGUUAGUGUGGAGUAGCGUACUUCAGAGAAAAUGGGAAGUAAUAUAGAUGAUGCAUAGGGAUAGGCAAAUAUGGCUUAUUCAUUUUUUGUUUACAGUUCUUUAAUUAAACAGAUUUGAGCUGGCUUUAACUACCAAACAGUCCACAAUGAGUUCUUGGUAUUUAAAAAUGUAUUUGUACAUUCACCAUAAAGGUGAAGGAUGAUAUUUUUGAAGGAAUGAAAUGCACUGGGAUUUGGGCUUUCCAAAUCCCUUCCCAGCUUCCAAAAAUCUUAGUAUAUCUUAUUACAUCUAUGUUCAGAAAGCGUAUCUAUGGCCGUCUUCACUCUGUCCAGAAUAAAUAUCUUCUGAGUAUUCCUUAUUCAACGUUUGGUCAUAAUUAUUGGACGUCAUUAACAUGAUAUGCUUUCUGGUGCCUCACUGGCUCCAGUUCUUAUAAACAGAAGAUCCUUGACUGCCCUUGCAGAUUCCCAUCUCAUAGGAAUAGUUGUAUAAGCUAAGCAGGGCUAGGAUGUUUAUGGGUGGGAUGAACACUACUUUUGAUAAACAAAAACCCUCUCCCAUGUGUAUAAAAUAUUUGUCUUUGGUCUACAGGAAGGCAAAUGCACUAAAGGUAUAAGUAUUGUUGUAACAAUUAAUUAAAAUAUUUGAGGCAAAUUUUCAUUUUCCAUCCAAAUCAUAGUAGAUUAAGCAAAAUCUUAAGUAUUUUGAACCACCUGGUGUGUUUCAGCAGACAGGCUAUUUGUUGGUGUCAUACCAAAAAACUAGCUUGCAAGUCGCUGAGAAGUUUACCAAGCGAAUCAUGAAGCUCAGUGGUGGCUUAUGUCUUUCACAUCAUCUUAAAGCACUCAAAAUAUUGACUCCAAGUUGUUUGUAACGUCAUCUCUAUCUGCAGCUAGACACCCAUACUUCAAUAUGUACACAAAUACUGUAUGUAAAGUUCUGGGAAAGAAAAAUUCCCAAUUUAAACAUUUUCUAAAUAAACUGUUGAAAUCCAAAUGUAAACAUCCUAAACCCAGGUGGAUUUAUCCUUCUGUGAAAUGUACAAGCAAAUUAACUAAAAAGAAAUAUACUCCAGUGGUUGCUGUUUCUGAUUUGAGCAGAUUUCUGGUGACAGUAGAGAUUUGUUAUUAGCUACAAAUGUGUAAAACAAUCCCACACCAAACCAAAUUAAAGAGACAGACAGAAGACCUGAUAAUGUUGCACAGCAGUUGCUCACAUGGAAAUAAAAAAUGCUGCCUUAUAAGAAAAAAAAAAAAAAAAAAAAAAAGGCAGAUACUGAAAGUAGAGGGAUAAGAAUCUGCAUGCAUUUGUGGUUUUGAUCUUGGCAUAUAUCAUAACUGAAUCCAGGGGGAAGAAAAGGCUAAAAUGUAGGGUUUUAGAUGAGUAGCUGGUGAGGUUGUUGAUGUAUACAUGUAAAGAAGAUGAAGCUGAGAAGUUGAAGGAAAAACUUUUAAGAGUAGAGCCACAAGCCACAGCUUGUGAGGCUCAGCCGUAGGACGUGUGGAAUUCUGAAUAUUGCCUGAGCUUUGUUGAUAUAUUUGCGUUGACUUUCAAUUACACUGAGAUCAAGACUUUCUGUAUUUCCCUCUCUCUCACUCUAGCUGCUGCUAUUCUUGAAGAGGAGAAAAGAAUCUUCCUGCAUAAGUGGCCAUCCUUUCUGUACCUUUCUGGAUGGUGCUGGUGACUUGUUACAUUUUCCUGAUUACAGCUCUAGCAGAUUGUUGGUCAUUCCUAUCACCAAGAUUUCCCGUGACUCCAGCUGGAACUGAAUCAGGCUGUAAAUGAUAUGGGCCAUUCUUGGUAGCAUGUCCCGUAGUGUUACACUGCUCCUGGACGACAACUUUUAUGGAGGCAGGAUAUUGAAUUGCUGAGGAAUGGAGUAGGUACAUGGAGGUAAAAACAGCUACAUAGACAUGCCUGCCUCUUGCUUUUUUCCUCUUUUAAAGACAUUGUAGAAUUUCUUCAUGUUUUUGUCUUUCCCUUUGCACCACAGUAAAAUUUCCUUUUUCUUUCAAAUGGAUUUUGUGUUCUGCUUGUGUUUCAUAGAGCAGUGUAGCCACCCACUAGCUUAAAAGCAUGGAAAUAAGGUACGUUAAUAUAUAAGAUAAAAUUAAUGAAAAUUAAGAGUUCUUUGAAUUUCUGGAAAUUUUCAUUUAAUGUUUUGGUAGCUUUUGCUCAGAAUUCAUUAUUCUGCUAUUUAAGAAGCUUGGUUAGGAAAAAGAGUGCUGUGGACAAACUGAAACCAGAUCACCACCAGCUCACCAUGUUUUGGCAGCAUCUCAUGAACAUGUCUCUCUUUCUGUGAUCUUUCAGGAACACUUACGAGGUAAAUUAAGGCUUACAAUAAAGCUAAGGGAAAUCAGGGUGUUUUUUGUUGUUGAUGCUUUUUUUUUUUUUUUUUUUCCUGGUGAAAAUAAAUCUCUUAUAGAGUUCCAAAGGUAGCAAAAACUAGAGCUAUGUAGUUUUGAGUUUCUGUGCUGGAAAGCUAAGCUCUUUCUGUCACCAGCUGGGGGAGAGAAGUAGAGAGAGAAAGCUCCCUCCUGAUGGCAGUUCAGGGCACCAAAGGCUUGGAAGCAGUUAUGCUGGUGAUGUGUCCUGAAAGUAUUUCUGUCUCUCUUUCUGUUGACUUUUUAGAAGCUAUAGGCUUCUAACUUAGCCAUUUCAAAUAGGUGUGCUUAGUAAAGUAAUGGUCUAUUUAUCCCCAACCUUGAAAUCUGCUAAAUUGAAUCUGCAAGUGAGUACAGUUUAAAACUUGCAGAUCAUAUGGAUUCCUGUGCUUAUUCAAGUAGUUACUAAGGUUGCACCUGUCUGUUGUGGAUUCUUCGCUACUUCUAAUCUAGCCAGUAUCAUUGUUUUCUUUAUACCAUGUGACUGUCCAGCAUGAAAUAAGAGUGUUAGCAUCUAUUCCUUGUAGAAUAACUUGCUAUUUUUAUAUUUCUGCAGUGUAGCAUAUGCAUCUUAGGGUACAUUGUUGGUGAAGACUUUGGUACUAUUCCUUCCCUGGGUUCACCAAUGUAGAACAGGAAUUGUGAUACGAAUCUAAGGGUCUUAGAUUCAGUCUGGAUUUAGGAAGAAUUCAAGAGGUGAAUCUUUUUGUUGUUUUACAUUGCAUUUAGCAUAUGUUAUAUAUGAAACCUAGUGAAAACAAAUCUUUUAUGAUAAAGUCAUCUCUUACUUAAUAUAGAACAGCAACCACGGUGUGGCUUGGGUAGUUUGUGUUAAGUGUUGAUCAUCACAUCAUGUGCUUCUUUCAAAAUGAAGUGUAUUUAUGUCAUGUAUCCCCUUGCUAAGCUUUACCUUUCCCAGCUCUAGGUCUAUUUUAGCUCAAAAGCCCCUUUGAAAUAGGUAUAUUUCCUAUAUAAGGUAAUCUGGUUUGCAACAUAAAAACAGUUUUCUGCUGAUAUACCUAAUUUGCUUAUUUUACUGAUGUUAUUUUUUUAAUCUAAACUUCCUUCCUAUUGAGAGCAGAGCCUUCAAAGUAUAAUAGUGGUGAAGGAACAUCUGAAAGAGCACAAAGGCCUUUCUAAGUAUGACUUUUAUGUUACAAGCCAUUUCCCUUCUCCGUAUAGCCUGUACUAUCUUAUUUAAAUGUAUUAGCAAAAUGUUAGUAAUUGCUACCAGUAGGAGGGAAUCACAAUUUAAUCACAGCUAUGUAUUUACCUGUGGACUUGUAUGCAAGUACAGGAAACUAUAAGAUAUGAUACAGAAAAGGCUCAACCUGCUCUGGCUGAAGUCACCUACAAAGCUGUGGUUAAAUUACACAAGAGUAGCCUCAAGACCAUCAUGUCUCUUCCAUCAUUCAGAUCAUGCAGACUUCUCUGUCUGAUGUGCACAUAUUGUACAUAGUGUAAAAUUCUUGUUGGUGUUUAGCUCUCAUCGUGGAAUUAAUCCCAUGUUCACCUGUUCACCUUCAUUGCAGUGUAGCAGCAAUGUUUGUGGGAUGGAGAGGUGGUUGUUCAUGUUCAUUGGUGUCUGCUCCUCAGUUAAAUGGGAGCAGAAAUGCUGCCUUGCUUCUCUCUGCUCUGCAGGAGGAGAGUUACUGCACUGUUUGUAAAUAAGCUCCUCACUCAAAUCAAGCUUUCAAAAAAAUUUUUUUUGCCCUGCUUCUCUGGACCUGUGUACAGAGUAUGCUGUCUUAAGAAUAUGUGCUCUUCCAAUGUCCUGCGACUUUGGAAGUCAGGAAUACAAGUGUGCAUCACCCUGCAGGGCAGUGAAAAUACACUCUGUUGUUCUUGCAGGUUCAGGAGCGUUUUGGUUACAUCCUGCAGGAUGUAUCUGCCGUGGUUUAAAUUGUUUUUAAAACGAAUACAAGUCUAAACAGCUGUAAGAAUCCACUGCUGAUUAUGUGAUGAUCUUGUCAUAUCUAUAAUUUAAGAACCAGAAAUAAUAUAAGUAAAAUUAAGUUGCCUCACUAUUUACAAGGCUUUUGUUGUUUUGCAUUUAAGUGACACUUUUUUACUCCUUUUACUCAAUUCUUUAUCUAUAUUAAGCUAGUAGAGUAUAUAACCAUGCUCUAAUGUUGUCAUGCAAUACUUUUAUUAGUAGAUAACCACAUUGACUAUAGUAUUACAUAUUUAAAAGAGAGAUGGUUUUGACUCUCCAGCUCUUCAAAAGUAGUGGUAAUAAGCGGUUAUACUCCUGGAUGGUUUCUCCUUUCCCUUUUGUAUUAGUAUUUGUUUUCACUGAUCUGUUUCAAAAAUUAUAUUUCUAUGUGCACGUUCUAAAACUGUGAAAAUAAAUGCCAAUAAAUAUUACGAUACUUAUCCAGUGCACUGUAAAGUUCUGAAUGAGGUGAGACCAUUUGGGAAUUGAUGAAGGUUUCCUCACUUCUCAUCAAUGGUACAAAGCUUUACUGUGGGCAAAUGGUAAAAUUGACAGUGACAUGAAAUUUUAGUAGAGAAUGUCUUGUUUUGCACUUCUAGUACUAUUAAAAGAAAUGGUAUGUUUUUUUUCAGCAACAAGAUUAUGAUAAUAUAGUUUUUUAUUUGAGUAUUGUACAUUGCAGUACAUAAGAAUAGCCUUUUUGAAGAGAUUUAUGUUACAUCAUCACUACAGGAUUCUUUAGUCUGAUUAUAUUUUAUUGAGCCUGUUUAAUAGCAAAAAACAGUUUGGAAAUAUAUUUUAGGUUCUGUUUCACAUUGCCAAACUGUAUCUGGAAUUGCAGUUAUGCAGUUGAAGGCCCUCACAAGGUUCCCGUGCCCUCCUCUGCGGGGAAUGAGGCUUUUCUUGUUCACUGUUGGGACAAGAUUAAGAGAGUUGAAAAAAAUAAAAUAAAAUUGGAGGACGUGCAAUAUUUGAAGUAUAAAUGAUCUUCAAAAGUGAAAAAAGAAAGGAAAUUGGAGGUUCACAGUUAUUCACAUUAGCAAAUGUUCUGUGAUGGGCAUAUUCUAGAGGAGGUGGUAGUUAUUAACAAAGGUGGUUUGAAUUCUGUUUGAGUUUAUAAGUCACUGAGAAAAACAGGAUUUUUUUUUUUUAUUUUUUAUUUUUCCAAGCCAAAGUCUUUAUGUUGUCAUACAAAGCUUCACAGGAAAAUGGGCCAAAGAAUACAAUUAAAUAUGCAAAAGGUUAAUCCUAUGGAAAAGGAUAUCCUGUCAUCCUGAUAUGCACAAGCAUAUUAAUGGUAAUAGGAGCAAUGCGUGUAAUUUUCCUGUAUAUUACUAUGUAGGUUGCACUAUUUUGAAUGAUACAAACCUGAUAUUUUAAUUACCAAAUACCAUAAGAAGCUGUUUAUUAAUUGUUUAAACUUGUUAACCUAAAUAUAUAUACAGUAUACACGUGUGCGUGCUUACCCUUCCCCACCUAGCCAUGUGUGAGUAAUCUCCCCAAGCCGUAGAACACAUUUCAGCAGUGCUUUAUUUUAAGUGAUUCUCUCCUCUCCUUUCCAAACCUCCUAAAUCCAAACUCCCUAGAAGCAUUUACUGAAGAGGCUAAAGGACUUUCUGGGGAUCAGGAGUGCCAGGACAUGUGAAAACACGGUAGAGAAGAGUUCCUGUCUGAAAGAGCUGAAAAUGAUGCUCUCUGUCAUUUCCAUUUAACUAGGCAUGGGAAAAGGAUGUCUUCUCAUGCUGUUUUGAGGAUUCAUGGCCAGAGAGGGUCUUUUGGCCCAAUGGCUCUGACUUUAAAAGUUUGUGUCAGUUUAUGUGACCCACACCUGGCCAUUAAACACAUUGCUUAAAGCAGCCGAGGAAGGAUACUUAAAACCCAAAACUUACAAGGGAAGAUCAGUUGGUCUGUGUACCAGUGGCAGCCCUUGUGUUUGUCCAUGCCGACUGCACAGUUUUCGAAAUGGAUGUGGAACAGAGAGGCAGUAUGUAGCAGUUGUGUUAGUCAGAAAUGUUUUUUUUCUCAAUGCAUAGGCUUUUGAACUUGUUAUUACUGAUGAUGUGGAGAUCUUGACCAACAGAUUGUGGUAUUUGUCUUUUCUUCUUAUUUCCAAAUGAUCUAACCAAAAUUUAUGAUAAAAAAUGCCUUGGAUUGAUAUAUUUGAAGUCAUACCUGAGCUUUUUUUUUUUUUUUCAAAGAGAGAGUUGGAUAGUUAUUCCUUUUUCCACUUCAACCCUGAAACAGAAAAUUCCGUAGGGUCAACUUUUGUCUACAGUUCAUUGCAAGUGUGUCUGCAAUAAGAAAAAUUUUGGUUACCUUGUCUUUAGGUGGCCUAGGUCUCUGGAUUCCAAACUUAGGCAAAACACCUUUUGACUUAAACAGGGAUGUGUGAGUGAGUGAUGGCACAGCUGAUCCUUAGUGCAAUUCAUGCUCAGAAUUAAAAUACCAAAACCAAAUCUCAUGUUGCAAAAGUAUGGCAGUUGCAUCAUAUAAAAUUGUGUGCAGCUAGAAAUGAAACUUGUGCAAUUUUUAAUAACUGUUUACGAUUUAUACUUUACAUCAGCCAUACUAUUUUGAAAUAGUCAUAUUCAUUUCAGAACAUCCAUUCUGCACCGAUAAAGAACAGCUUGAUCUCUCUGUCUUCACACUUCACACCCACAUGCACAGUGUAUCUUGUGUCUUCCCUGUGCAAGCCAGAAGGUACAAACAGAAUUCAUUAAUGUGUUAGGCAGACUCCUACCUGAUUUUUAACUAAGUAUGCUAUUUUAAUGCAAAAUUUUAUACGUACAUGUAUAUAUAUAAAAGCUAUAUAUAAGCUUUUAUAUAUGUAUAAAGGUGGGGUUUUCUUUGGAGAAAUGAGGAGCAAGAGAAAAAUGCAGCAUUGUGACAAAGAUUUAUUAAAAGUUUCAAGUAACGCAUUGAUAUUUUGAGUUUGAUAGAAGCUAUUUGCAGUUGUACUCUUAAAAAAAGAGAGAGAGACAAAAAUUAGUAUUGGAUCUUUGGUCAUCAUGCUAAAGCUUCAGGUUAGUUUUCUGUGUAUCUUGAGAAGAAUUCACAAUACUAGAUUUAGAUUUUGCUCACAAAGAAAAUUAAUUAUUAGUACACUUGGAAAAGUAUUUGCAUUCUGAUGGGGAAAAUAGUCCCAGUGUGCCAACUUGUACUGGUUACACAGAGCACUAAUCUACAUUGUGGUUGAAGAGAUUUGCAAUCCAUGAAUAACAUUUUACCAGAAAUCUCAGAACCACUUCAUUCCAUACACAGUAAAUUAAAAAGCCUAUCACUUCUUUUAUUUACUAGUACAAUUUACUAUAACAUUCUCAAGAGCGUAGUAUUUCAAAACAAAGGGUAAGUCAUAAAAUUCCAAUUGCUAGCAAAGAAUAGUAGAGGUUUGAACACCUCAUUUCACCUUGGGAAACAAAUCAAGAUGUUAGAGUAGAAGGAAAAGUAUAUUGGUUAUGGAAUAAAGCAUAAAAUAAUUCAUUUUUAAGUGAAUCCAGAAUUUUGUGAUAAAAUUCAUAGGUUAAUGGAUUCUUCAAAAGAAAAGGUUUGGGGAAAAAGAGAAUAAUUAAAAACUAGUUUUGACAUUCCAAUUACUGCCUGUUUUAUUAGAUAGGUUUAGGAAAAUGAAAUUAUUUUUAACAUGCAAGUGUCUGCACAGACAAUUUAAACUGCUGUGCUAUAAAGUUAUGCAUACACCUGGCUACCGCUGCAUCCAUCCAUCCAUGCCUUUAAAACCCCGGUGGCAGUAGGACUUCCCCAACAGCACACAUUUCAACUUGGAGGAGCUGGGAGUCAUACACUUCUCUCCUGCAUUAUGCAUACCGUCUCACAGCAGUUCACCCCAACCAUAUUUUAACCCUGUGCAUGACUGAGUGCUAAUACUGUAUAAAUAUUUUGAAACAUAUCUAAAACAAAUGUUUGCUUCAAACUUUUUAUGAUAGAAUAAUAUAUAAUAUUAUAGUUGUCUUGCAAAUUGUAUUGUGUUCUUCAUUUUUGUUAAAUAUGUAGAAAAACAUUAAGGGAAUGGGGGACUUGAAUGUCUGUGUGUACUGAAAUGUAUAUAACUAUUUGGAGAAAACACAUGUGCCAAGUAUAACAAGAUGUAAAAAAUGUAAAUAUAUGAAAAAUUCAUUUUUCUAAUAAAGGUAAUUUCUGCCAAUUGAUAUGAAAAUGAACAAUGGAAUCAUUCUUGUCUGUGUUCCUUGUUAAAUGGUACAAGAUAAAGUGUCAUCUAUGAAUAAGGCUUGCCUUUUAUUUUUUCAUAUUUGAUUUGAAAGGUGUUAACAACCACAUGUUUUGAGUCAUCCUAUGCUGUUAGAAAUUAUCU